GAAAGGUACACGAGACUUAGCAGACGAUAUUUCUAGUGCCUCUCCGGGAACGCUCGAGCAAGUGUCAUUCACCGACCAAUAGUGAAUGGUGGUAGGAGUUGUGAAUAUUGUUUUGGAAAUACUCUAACGGUUCUAAGUGGUUAUACGGUGUUAAAUACGAAAAAUGAGGUGUUGGACAGUUCUAGCCCUGGCAGCUGCAGUUGCAGUUGUGACGGCCAAAGAGAGCAAGAAGGAAGAGGUUGGAACGGUUAUUGGCAUAGACUUGGGAACCACUUAUUCCUGUGUGGGCGUAUUCAAGAACGGCAGGGUUGAGAUCAUUGCCAAUGACCAGGGCAACAGAAUUACCCCUUCCUACGUAGCCUUCACUGCUGAUGGCGAGAGGCUUAUUGGAGAUUCUGCCAAGAAUCAGCUCACUACAAAUCCCGAGAACACUAUCUUCGAUGCAAAACGUCUCAUUGGCCGUGAGUGGUCUGAUAAAUCGGUUCAGCAUGAUAUCCAGUUCUUCCCUUUCAAAGUAAUAAAAAAGAAUGACAAGCCACAUAUUCAAGUCUCUACAUCUCAGGGUGAUAAAGUAUUUGCAGCUGAAGAGAUCUCUGCCAUGGUGCUGGGCAAGAUGAAGGAAGUUGCAGAAGCUUAUCUUGGCAAGACUGUUACUCAUGCUGUUGUUACAGUUCCUGCCUAUUUCAAUGAUGCACAGCGUCAGGCUACUAAGGAUGCUGGAACUAUUGCAGGCAUGACUGUCAUGAGAAUUAUCAAUGAGCCUACUGCAGCUGCCAUUGCAUAUGGUAUUGACAAGAAAGAUGGAGAGAAGAAUAUUUUGGUGUUUGAUCUGGGUGGUGGUACUUUUGAUGUUUCCCUCCUUACCAUUGACUCUGGUGUGUUUGAGGUAGUGGCAACAAAUGGUGAUACUCAUCUUGGCGGUGAGGACUUCGAUCAACGAGUCAUGGAGCACUUCAUUAAGCUCUACAAGAAAAAGAAGGGGAAGGAUAUCCGGAAGGAUAACCGUGCUGUACAGAAACUCCGUCGUGAAGUAGAAAAGGCGAAGAGGUCUCUCUCUGCUAGUCAUCAGGUCAGGAUUGAGAUUGAAUCCUUCUUUGAGGGUGAAGACUUCUCGGAGACACUUACUCGUGCAAAGUUUGAAGAGCUUAACAUGGAUCUGUUCAGAUCAACAAUGAAACCAGUGCAGAAGGUAAUUGAAGAUGCAGACCUCCAGAAGAAAGAAAUUGACGAGAUUGUACUGGUUGGUGGAUCCACCCGUAUCCCAAAAAUUCAGCAGCUUGUUAAGGAGUUCUUCAAUGGCAAGGAACCAUCCCGAGGAAUCAACCCUGAUGAGGCUGUGGCUUAUGGUGCAGCUGUCCAGGCUGGUGUGUUGUCAGGUGAAGAUGAUACUAACGACUUGGUGUUGUUGGAUGUUAAUCCUCUUACCCUGGGUAUUGAAACUGUGGGUGGUGUCAUGACAAAGUUGAUUUCUCGCAAUACUGUAAUUCCCACCAAGAAGUCGCAGAUUUUCUCCACAGCUUCAGAUAACCAACACACUGUCACCAUUCAGGUGUUUGAAGGUGAGCGACCAAUGACAAAGGACAACCACAUUCUCGGAAAGUUCGACUUGACAGGCAUUCCCCCUGCCCCUCGUGGUGUACCCCAAAUUGAAGUUACUUUUGAAAUUGAUGCUAAUGGUAUUCUUCAAGUAUCUGCAGAAGACAAAGGCACAGGGAAUAAGGAAAAAAUUGUUAUCACCAAUGAUCAGAAUCGCCUUACACCAGAGGACAUUGAACGAAUGAUAAAGGAUGCAGAGAUCUUUGCUGAUGAAGACAAGAAGCUCAAGGAGCGUGUUGAAGCUAGAAAUGAAUUGGAGUCCUAUGCUUACAGUCUUAAGAACCAGGUUAAUGAUAAGGAUAAGCUUGGAGCAAAACUUUCUGAUGAAGACAAAGAAAAGAUUGAAGAGGCCAUUGAUGAAAAGAUUAAGUGGUUAGAAGAUAAUCCAGAUACAGAGGCAGAAGAUUACAAGACACAAAAGAAGGAACUCGAGGAUAUUGUUCAACCAAUUGUUACAAAGCUCUACCAGGGUGCUGGUGGUGCACCCCCUACAGGUGGUGAAGAGGAAGAUUUUGAUAAGGAUGAGUUGUAAAAAUGUUUUGGUUUAUUGACAACAAUAGUAAAUUAUUGAUUUUUUGUUUGUUUAAAGGACAUCUUUCAUCAUCAUCAUGUUAUCACAGGUAUUUGGCUAGGUUUUCAUCUCAUCAUGUUUCAGUGGGGGUACCACAAUGCCAAGUAUGUAUGCACAAGUCCAUUCCAGUAUGUGUGAGUGAGGAAGAAUGGUUUAUAAUAAAUAUGAAAAUCUA